AUGGCGGCUCGUACUCGUCGGUCACGCCCGGUGGUGUUACGAGAGAGAAAUGAACGUGGGUUCGCGCUUUUCUUACAGAAUCUAAAAAGCGUUCUUAAUCUGUUGGCUAGUGCUGAUGAGUUAGAGGCAGACGUUCUGAUUCAAACGAGGAGUCGAUUAGUGGAUGCUUCGGGCACGUUGUCAUUUCUGCUGAAUGACAUGUCGAAUGGUCUCACAAAUGCUACUGGUAUUCCGUCAAAUGCGAUUCAAGUUCCUGUGCAGCACCUGAAGAAUUCUUUAACCCACAUAACUGAUUUGCUUUCAAGUCGGAUAGAAGGCCGCAACAAUGUAGACUUUUAUGACUCACUGGAUAUAUCUUAUUCUGCACCGCUGAAUCUUUCACAGACAGGACGAGGUCGUAAACGCUAUGAAAUAACUAAAGACCAACUCGAACACUUACGAUCGCUUUAUUUUUCUUGGGAAGCAAUUGCUCGCAUUCUUCAGGUUAGUCUUUCAACCCUUCAGCGGCGACGAAGAUAA